CGUGAUCCGGAAAAGUUGCGCUUCUGGUCGGAGAGAUGAUCGCUGGGGGUACACUGAAGUGCAACUUUCGUAGUUAAUUCACAGAUCGACUAGUGUUUACAGCAUCGCUUCUGAAAGACGUAAUGUAGAGUCACAUCAGCGCCUUUGGCACCACCGUCCAUUCCCUCCAAGGUGCUUUUGUCAGCGAAGCCAAUAAUUAAUACUCUGCAAAAUGCCGUCGCCACAAGUCCUUCAGCCGGUUCUUAAAAUGAAGGUGGACGAGCUUUUUCUCAACUGGUUGAGUGAUCCUGCAACCCAAUCACUUCUCAAAGAUUAUCUUGACCUAAUCAAAAGUGGACAGAACAUUGAUUUGAGCGGUGGGCACGGCCAAGACAAAGGGUCAUUGAGCUUCAAUGAGAACAACAAUGUGGCAUCACAAAAGAACCUGGCAGAGAGGAAGCCCACUGCCCUCAGUACUCUCUCCAACCCCCCAUCUGCCAGUACCCUGCCUUCAGGCAGUAGUAGUAACACCAGAGUGACGGGACCCAAUGGCAGAGUACUACGGAGGUCUGUCAGCACAAAAAAGGCCCAGGUGAGGACAGAGGAGCCCGUCACCUCAGCGCUGAGUGAAAGCAUUCCAAAGUUUUACUUCCCACAGGGCCGGCCCCAAGCCAACCUCAACAUCGACAGCCUCAUUUCCAAAAUUGAGAAAAUAUUUUCCCAAUUCCCAAAUGAAAGGGCCACCAUUGAGGACAUGGGGCAGGUUGCCAAGGCCUGUGAGUGCCCUCUCUAUUGGAAAGUGCCAUUGUUCAACUCGGCUGGAGGCGACAGGACGGGCUUCGUGUCUGUUCACAAGUUUGUCGCUAUGUGGAGAAAAACUCUGCAGACCUGUCACAAUGACGCUUCUAAAUUUGUGCACCUCUUGGCCAAGCCUGGCUGUAAUUACCUGGAACAAGACGACUUUAUUCCAUUCCUGCAGGAUGUGGUGAACUCACAUGCAGGCCUGGCCUUUCUAAAGGAGGCACCGGACUUUCACUCGCGAUACAUCACCACGGUGAUUCAGAGGAUAUUUUACAAUGUGAACCGGUCGUGGACUGGAAAAAUAACAUGUAAUGAGCUCAGGAAAAGUAACUUUCUUCAGAAUGUGAUGUUGCUGGAGCAGGAAGAAGACGUGAACCAGCUGACAGAGUUCUUCUCCUAUGAACACUUCUAUGUUAUCUACUGCAAGUUCUGGGAGCUGGACACAGACCACGACCUCUGCAUAGACCAGAAGGACCUGGCACGGCACAAUGACCAAGCCAUCUCGCAUAAGAUGAUUGAGAGAAUAUUCUCAGGAACAGUAACAAGGGACAGACAAGUGUAUAAGGACGGCAGGUUGAGUUAUGCCGAUUUUGUCUGGUUCCUCAUCUCUGAGGAAGACAAGAAGACUGACACCAGUAUAGAGUACUGGUUCCGCUGUAUGGACCUGGACGGGGACGGUGUCCUCAGCAUGUACGAGCUGGAGUAUUUCUACGACGAGCAGUGUCAGAAGCUGGAGGCCAUGGCUAUCGAGCCCCUUCCCUUCGAGGACUGCCUCUGCCAAAUGCUUGACCUUGUCAAGCCUGAGGUUGAAGGUAAGAUUACUCUGCGGGACCUUAAGAGGUGCAAGCUGGCCCACAUCUUCUUCGACACUUUCUUCAACAUCGAGAAAUACCUGGACCACGAGCAGAAGGACCCUUUCUCUGUCAUAAGGGAGGUGGAAACAGACGGCCAGGAAGUUUCAGACUGGGAGAAAUACGCUGCAGAGGAGUACGACAUCCUAGUGGCGGAGGAGGCUGCCAACGAACAGUGCAAUGAUGUGUAUGAUAAUCCUUUGAGCCCUCUGGGGCAGCACAUCUCCAGCGAGCUGGGUCUGACAAAGAGACACUUCUUUGAGAUCCCCAGUCCACACUGCAACCUGGACCUGGACGAAUAUGAGUAUGAAGAUGACUUUGAAUGACCCUCGAUCCGGCAGCGCUUCCUCUCGGCCUGCUGAGCACCGUGUGCUUCCAGAAGCGGAUCUCAGACAGCAGUGUGAGUGGUUGCUAGCGUGUUAGGUCCACAUCAGGCCAGAGAUGUGCAGGUCCAGGCCCAGUUCCCUUCUUAUUAGUCUAGAAGGACACACUUCACCAAACAGAGAGCAAAUGCAAAAACCAGAAGACACAGUCGGGGCACUGGUGGGGUCAGACAUGCUAGAGAACGCGUUAUCACACAUUUGACUAACAGGAAAUGUGAAGACGGUAGUACUUCACGAUACUGUAACAGAUGUGUUAAUAUUCUCACCCUUCAUAAAAAAUAUACACAUAAAAAAAAAACACAACAGGUGACUUCAUGAUGUCACAAACAACGUUUUACACCUUCUUCUCCCUCCUCACGUUAAAACAGGAAGAGUUGUGUUCUGCAUGUGACGCUUUGUACAAAUAAUGUGUUGUUUUAUCCGAACACCAGUACUGAAUUAUCAUAUUCACAUGGGCUAAGUCACAUUCUUCACACACUGGAGCUCCCUGACUUGUUGAACAGGAACCACGUUUAUUUGAUUCGGGUUUUUGAACGAAUUAUCAUCUGAAGUCAUCGGCUAAUUUUACAUUCCAGUGAUCAUAACUGAAUGUUUUCUACAAGGCUGUAAAUUCAUUAAGGGUUUGUUUGCUGAAACGAGGAGUUACUGUAAAUGCUAAAUAAGCCACCGCUGAGCCUGCUGCACACAGUUCAGACGGCCACACAGUGUAUGUUGUACAGGUGUGUAUUCAUUAUGACACGGACUUACUGUAUGUGUGAGAUGGGGUUAUAAAUUAUUAGAGAUGAAUUUAUAAAUAACUGUAAAUAUGGAUUUGGUGCUUGCUGUGUUGUAAAUGAUUUGGACAAGUGUUUUAGACAAAUUCUUUUUUCUAUGUUAUAAAGUACUUAAUUUGAAUGUACUUUGACAGAACAAAAGGAACCAAUUUUAAAAUGUUUUGCUUUUCUUUAAAUUAAUAAUAAAGCCUUGGUUAAUGGAAGAGUAAAGAAAA